AUGAUGAGGAGGGCAAGGAGUGGAAGCUCUACCCGAUGCCUCUCCCUAUCGUAUAAGGGAUGUAUUGGAUAUCCAACACAGUGGAGUUCGUUGCGCCACCAGUCGCAGAACUCCCUCGGCGGGUCGCGCGACCGCCAGCGUGGCCAGCCAAACGCUGACCCUAACACCGGUUCCCAAAUAUCUGUCGUGGAGUCACCUGAUCUUACACCGCACCUUCAGUUCGGACUCAACAACCUCGAGCACGUCAAGUUGCCUGACAUGUCCGAUGAGGCUCGGCGGCGCAGCGACAUUGACAAGGAGCGUGAGAUGCGAGCAAAGUUUGGCCAGUAUGGCCCCGGCGAGAGGUUGACAAAGAGCUCUCCGCAGAUGCGGCGCGACAUGCUGGAGGAGCAGCAGGACAUCGAUGGUCUACCCUGGGAGGUUCGGUGGCGUAAGUCUCUUAUCCCGACCUCGGAGGAGGUAAUUCAGGAUAUCCGCGAUCGCUUCGACUUGUUCAUCCAGGAUCCUAUCGAGCGUGAGCAGGAGUGGUAUCUGCACUGGAAGGACCGGUCUUUCAAAAUUCAAAAAGAUCGGAUGAUAUGGCCGCAGGGCUACACGGACUACCUAGAUCACUACGACGAAAAUGGUCGCCGUCGCGUGCUGCCUACCGAUCAGCGGUGGUCCGACUCUUCCUGGAAGCACCUCGCUGACACCCGCUACAAAGACCGCAUGUGGCUCAUCGAGGGCGAGGAGCGCAAAGCCGUUCACCAGAGCUUGCAAACGGACUGGGCACUGUUGAAAGAAGAGGAGCAGCGUCAGUCUGAAAUGGCCGACGUCUACCACGGCAUUCUCUCUGGUGUCGUUGACCUCGAUCCAGACCAGACAUACCAGGCACUCUCUGGUACUGCUGAUCCUCUCGAGGUGGCCAAGACAAAGAUGAAACUGCAGGCUUACGGGGCGCAUCAGGCCCUCACGGCAGGGAAGGGAGAACUCAACCCCGCACAAAUCGAUCCGAUAUCUGGCUUUCCUAAGGCAGAUAUGGAACCACUUCCAACCGGGAUUACUGUGGAGCAGGGCGCCGCUAUCGCGACUCAGGCGUGCAUUCAGUACGAGAUGCUGGAGCAAGGGGCGGAGGCCUCGCGGCAGGCUGGCCACGACCCAGUAGUAGCAGCGGUGAAGGCGCACCACACAACGUCGAAGCAGUACGGCGACCGUCCAAUGCUGCGUGCGCAGGUUGAGGCAAAUAUCAAGAAAGUCAAGGAGCUUGAGGCUGAGCGACAGAUGCUGGAACCCGGGAAAACGACUCGUGCCCUGACUGACGGAGAGACGGUGGGAAAGAUCGAGGCUUUGCUUCUUGCGGAGGCAGCGGAAGUGCAGCCAGAAGUUUCUCAGACCCACCUCAAAGCGUCUGCGACACCGGCCGAGUCAGUGCCAGGAGCUGUUGAGGCGUCUACGUCGGCAGGGUUUAUCCACAUCACUGAGAGACCGCAAAACGCGGAACCAGACGUACCAAGCGAGCUUUUUCGUGUUCCACACUCCAGAGAGCUGAAUGAGAUGCCGAAAUGGUAUCGAGAGACUCUCGUCGAGACGGAACCGAUGAUUCGACAGUAUAGCAUGGUGCACGACCCCCUGGAGGAGAAACAGCCAGAAAAGGAGUACUACCUUCCUCCGCCGCUGCGCGACAGUGACCGGGUGACGCUGGACGACGCCCCGUCAGGUGAGUCUGCGUUUGAUGAAAUGAAGAUGCAUAAACUCAAGUCUUUGCCGGAGCUGGUAGCCGGGUACAAGCCGCUUCCGUUGUUUCGCGAGGUUGCGAAGGAUGGCUCGCUUGAGGGUGCUACUGAGGCACAGGAAAAGGAGAUGAAGGAGAAGAAGCUUGUGAACAAGGACGGUAAACCUCUGAAGAAGUCGGAGCGCCAGCGGCUCGAGCGCCAGGAGCGGCUGCGCAAGUCAAAGCUGUCGUACGACUCCGAUAUUCUACUGCCCAAUUUGCCGUGGGAGACAGACUCCAUUGUGGAUCCGUACCGUGGUGUCGAUGCCGUGGAUGCAGUCAAGUUCGACAAGGAGGACCUCGAGAAGACGUGGCGGGCUUAUCGAGACGCAUUUCAGCAGGCUCUGACUGAAUUCGGGAACCUUACUCAGGUGACGAGCGAGGACAAGUGCGAGAAGAUGCUGUACGACACAAUGGAGCGCUUCCGCGAAGGGAGCAUCGGCGAUCAUCCAGAUGUGCCCAAGGAGCAGGAGGAAGUGUUUCGCCUUAUCUUCGAGGCCCACACGAAGCACUUUCUCGCCGACUUCUACAAGUUCAAGGGGAAUCGCACCACCGAGGCGAACACCGUUAAGGCAGAGGCAGACGAGAUUCUUCGACGCGCAUCUGCGAAGAGCAAGCUGCUAGGAAGAAACUUCAUGAAUUUUGUCGAGGAGAUGACGUCCCUCGAGCUUGACACGAUUCGCAAGAACCCGGUACAGCGCUACACGAUCAUGGUGCGCGACCGUAAGUAUGAGCCCCUUUCCCAGCCCUUCAUGAGGUGGAUCAAGAAUGAGCUGGGUGAGUUCAUUAUCACGGAGUUCCAGAGUGCCGAGCAACUGGAGACCCACAAAGAGUUUCUCCACCGUCACCUCAACGAUGCCUACGUCAGAUGCCCUUCCCGCGUUGACGGUAUCAAGGACUCGUCCCGUGACGCGGCAGUGGAGGCGUUUUAUCAGUGGUGUCGUGGUGCAUUGGCAUUCUACGCGGGCAAGAAGUUUCAUCGCAUGUUCAUCGACUUCGCCGACAGCCGCUUUCGCUCCCGCGCCGAGGAGCUUUUUGAGGACUCGAUCGAGCUCUUCUCCAACUAUGCUAAGGCCAGCAAGGAUAUUGUGCAGAUUCCAGUACCCGACUCUGACCCGCCUUACGAAUAUGAUGAGAAGGAGUUCCUCGAUGGGGAGAAUGCCGUCUUUGCAGAAAUCACUGGGCACCUCGACAAGGCCGAAGCGUUGUGGCACUCCGGCAGCAGUAAACGCUGGUACCCUUUGACGGACGAAACAGAGUACAUGUGGUUCAACGAACGCCGAGGUCGUCUCACACUCGCGACAGACAUCUCUGAUCGCUGCUUGGAGAACGUGAACAAGAAGACACACCCGUCCAUCCACCCGUUCCCUGAGCGCGCGCGUGUGUUCUUGGAAGGGGCACCUCUUACUCAGGAAACUGCAGAGCAUCUGUGGCUGCGCUACAUGGGCGACUUGUACUGGGAGCACUCGGAGUUCAUGCAGCGACAGGGCCGCUUCCAGACCAGCUGGUCCUACCGCGAGAAGUGCCUCAACUUGUAUCAUCUGGCGGUACGCACAGCGCGCGAGCGGCUCCCCGCGUCGUGGAAGGCGCCGCUACUCACAGAGGCAAAGUACAUGCUUCGUGUCUACGAGCCUGGUGAUCACGUACUGCGACACCUGCAGGAUGUGGAGACGGUGGUGGAUAAACUCUUUGCACAAGGUGAGCCCCGCCACUGGAUUGAGCCGUUCAGCGAGCUGCCGUACCGGGUUGCUGUCGUGCAUGCAAACCUGCCUGCCUACGGCGAGGCCAUCACAAAGGAGGUGCACCGUCGUCUGAAGUGGCAGCCGUCAAACGAACUUUUAUUGAAGGAUAUGGAGCUGCGCGCUCGUGGCGGCUCUGUGACGCCACAGCUGAUUCCGUACUACAACACGCUUAAUGCAGCUGCAGAGACGUUGUUCCGGCGCAAAAUACUUAAGUGGCGCGCCAAGGAGCACGAAGGCUCUGAUCCCUUCCUCUUCUGGACUCACAUGUACUUUGCCUUUCGUGUGCAUCCAAAGGACCGGGACGAGGUACAGAGGAUGUGGGACAUGUAUGAGCCAGCAUAUGUAUACAUCUACACCCAGUGCGCGUUGGCGUCGCGCAUUCGAGGCCACCGCCUCAUCAACGAUGCGCUGAGGCGCUUGUGCCAGAUUCUGCUGGCUGGUGACCGAGCUCAGAAGCUUACGUUGAUGGAGGAGCUGACCAAGGUGCGCGAGAAGAUGGCACACUUGAUUGACCGCAGGGAGCUGGAUCGCACGAUCAACGCCCUCGAAGCGCACCUUGAGGACCCUGCACAGCAAGCGUAUACAUAUGGAACGUCAUUGCUUUACAAGGAGGCUAUGCUGCACGAAAAGGUCGCACGCAACCCGUUGCUACGAACGCAGAUGGCGGCAAAAGAGUACACGGAGAUGCGCAAAAGGCAGGAGGAGCUGCGCGUCAACGGGACGACAAUGAACCCUCAACAGGCGGCGAGGAUGCAGGAGAAGGAGGGUGGACUCGAUGACGAAUCCCUCGACGCCCAACCAAGCUUGACCACAAAAGAAAUGUUUGCCGAAAAGUAA